UUUUCUGCGUGCCACCCAUUUUCGCGCCCGACACGCUUAUUUUCCUAAACGGGCCUAGCGCGCAUUUUGGCCAACCAACAACGCCCCAGCCCGCCUUGUUGUGUUAGGUGAUCCCGGAUCACGUCUCGCACGCGCCGAAAACUACUUAACCACAACACCCCCGCCAGAGCUCAGUGACCACGAAACUUCUCAAUUCUUCCGCAACCCAUCUUACUUGACAACUCUUCCGACACUUCGCUUCGGCACUUUUAAAACUCUUAACUCCCUUUUUUCUCCCAACUUCACAAACCUUCAAAAUGACUGGUGGCAAAUCUGGUGGCAAGGCCUCUGGCGCCAAGAACGCUCAGUCCCGUUCUUCUAAGGCUGGUCUCGCCUUCCCCGUUGGUCGUGUCCACCGUCUUCUCCGCAAGGGCAACUACGCUCAGCGCAUUGGUGCCGGUGCUCCCGUCUACCUCGCUGCCGUCCUUGAGUACCUCGCUGCCGAAAUUCUCGAGCUUGCUGGUAACGCUGCCCGUGACAACAAGAAGACCCGUAUCAUUCCCCGUCACCUUCAGCUUGCCAUCCGCAACGAUGAGGAACUGAACAAGCUGUUGGGCGAUGUCACGAUCGCCCAGGGUGGUGUUCUCCCCAACAUCCACCAAAAUCUUCUGCCCAAGAAGACUGGCGGCAAGGGUGGCAAGAACGCUAGCCAGGAGCUGUAAAUGCAUAGUUUUGGUUUUGCUUUCUCGCAAUGGUUUGGGUGCAAUGUCAGGGGUCACGGUCCAGGGUUCACGGUUGCUUUGUUUUAAUGCGGUCAGGGUUGUACAAUAAUCCCCACGGCUACGGUCAUGAAUGAAAUCGAACUUUCAAAAACAAUUUAAUAUUAGUUGUCCUAUCCGUGAAGCAUUUUGUGAUAUUUCCAAGUCCUUGCAUAUCCAAUACUAUUUGAUACUCUUUUCCAUUAUCAAAUCUAGUUGAAGAUGUAAGAUAUCGUCGUUUUCGUCAACUUUGUAAAUCCAAUCGUCGUCGAAUUGACAUGUAUGAACCAAUUCACCUUCUACGUGAAAUGCCGCAGUCCAAGAAAUGGCCA